UGUUCCAUGAUGUUUGGUACCAGCUCGUCCCUGUUGUUUGUGGCUUGCAUUCUGCGGUAUUAUGUCCUGGCGCAAGACACGGUUACCUUUGAUAGUCCUACAAGCGCUAUGAAGGCGGGUGAAAACGGUUGUUGUUGUGUUCCAACGGGUACGUGUCCCUAUACAUCGGCCCCUGACAUCGACAUUCGUAUAGUUAACCCUGGUUCUAAUUGCUCUGCUGGACAAGUAUACUGUUGUUCAAUGUCUGGAAACUUGGCUGACUCCUGUGGUAUUAGAAAAAUCGCCGCAACUUCGCAUCCCCAAGGCCAAGCUAGUUAUGGAGCAUAUCCUUGGCAAGCUGUACUUUUAACUUCGAGCAGCUCUUAUGCAGGCUCUGGCGUGCUUAUUACUCCAAACCAUGUGCUCACUGUUGCUCACAAAGUAGCCCCCUAUACAAAUGGUGGUCUCAAAGUAAGAUUAGGAGACUGGGAUGUACAAUCUACUAACGAGCCUUAUCCAUAUAAAGAAUAUUCAGUCCAGAGAGUAUCAAUACAUCCACAGUUCAAUUCUGCUAAUCUUCAAAAUGAUGUAGCAGUAAUAACUUUAAGUGGUACUGUCCCUAUCUCAACUAGUCCUAAUAUCAAUACUGCUUGCUUGCCUAGAGCAAUACCUGCAACUAAUACAAGGUGCUGGGUAUCAGGCUGGGGAAAAGAUGCAUUUGGUGCAAAUGGCAGAUACCAGAGUAUAAUGAAGGAAGUAGAUGUAUCCAUUGUUGGUCAAACAACUUGUGAAGCUGAUCUUAAAAGAACUAGGCUUGGACAAUCUUUUGAUCUUAACCAAAAUAGCUUCUUAUGUGCAGGAGGAGAAACUGGAAAAGAUGCAUGCACAGGUGAUGGUGGUUCACCAUUGGUAUGUCAAUCUGGCAAUGAUCAGUGGCAAGUUGUAGGAAUGGUAGCAUGGGGUAUUGGUUGCGCAACCAGUAAUGUUCCUGGUGUAUAUGUAAAUGUCUAUAAUUAUAUUCCAUGGAUAACACAACAAAUCAAUUGAAAGAAAUAGUUUUGGGAAACAGUACAAAGUGUAACUAAUAUUCAAUUACUUAUUCAAUAAUUUAUUUCAAAUAUUAUGCAAUAUUUUCAUAUAUUUUUUAGA